CUUGGCUGUGACUCUGAGGCAGACGGUGAACCCGGGUCAGAGGCUAAAGGUCACCAUGGUAGCUCUCUGUCCAUAGUCUUUGACGAGGACAAGCCCAUAGCCGCUAGCGGGAGGGCCUAUAACCUAGACCAGCUCAUAGCUGCUGCUGCAGCUGCAGAGGCCCAGAGCCGAUCACUUCUAACCCGCUCUCUGAGCCUCCAGGCUGGGGAGCUAGACGGCUCCGACCCCCUAGACGGCGAAGGAUCCUCCAUCUCGAUCGGAGACUCACGUCCCUUAGCUGAGGCCUUUAGUGUUGACAGCGGUACUGAGAGCGCUCCAGGGACCCUCCGCAGACCCUCCAAGAAGGGGCCUCUCCUCCCCGGCGGCUCCCUGAAAAAGAAGCCUCUUUCCAGGCAGAGCUCUAACGUAGAGAGCCCCCAACCUCCAUCCUCUGGUACCACACCGGAGCUAAAGAAGAGCGCCAAUCCCUCCAGAGCAGUUAGCCCCCUAUUGGGCUCUGAGGAUCCGCAAGUAGGAGGGGCCACAGUAGACUCCGCCCCUGGCCCUACCUCGGCCACGCCCAGUCCAGAAGGCACGCUCUGCAGAACCAGGAAGCCAUGUGUGGAAAGCCCCACCCCUCUCAUUGAAGAGACCAAUCACACUAGCCCAGAGACAGAUAGCCAACUUAUCCUGGCCCCUACUUCUAUUCUGACCACGACCCAGGCUAUCUCUAUACCUUUCCAACAGGAGGACACCCCCAUCUCCGUGCCAGAGGCCCCCCCAGGCAGCGAAGGCUCUCCCCCCAGUGGGGCCUACAAAUGGGACCCAGACAACUUUGAAAACAUCGACCCGUUCAACACCGGAGGGAGUAAAGUCGCUAACUCCCCCCCGUUGGGUAGGAAAGGAGUCGCUAACUCCCCCCCGUUGGGUAGGAAAGGAGUCGUGCUGUCCAUUGCUCCCAAAACCGUCGCCCCUGUCUCUAACCCUAACCCCCCAGAGCGCCCUCCUACUAUCUCUAACGACGAGCCAGCUCUUCCCUCAACAAGCCCCCCUAUUCGAACCUCGGGGGCGGUCAGACUGGAGUUUGACUAUUCUGAGGAGACCCUAGAGGAGCCUCCCAAGGCCUCUCCACCACCCAAGAAGCUGGGCAGAAAACCAGGCUCCAAGGUUAGUCUGUCAUAGGGUUGCAAAAUUCCGGUAACUUUCCCCAAAUUCCCUGAUGUUCCAGAAAUCCCAGUUGGAUUCCCGAAAUGUUGCAGUUCUAGUCUGUCAUCCUGUUUAGUGCUCUCCUUGGUUAGUCUGUCAUCAUGUUUAGUGCGCUCCUUGGUUAGUCCGUCUUCUUGAUGUUUUAUGUGUACGUUUUAUAUUCUUGCAGAUUUUAAAUAUUUGAUUUUUGUUUCGAUGAUUAUCUUGCUGACUAUGUAAAGUUACUUUGGGGUGUUUUUGAAAAGCGCUUAAAAUUAAUAAAAUGUAUCAUUAUUAAUAUUAUGUAUUAUUAUUAUUAUUAUUCAUAUUAUUAGAUGCCUCUAAGGAAGCCCAGGAAGGACAACACCCCGUCACCGUCCCCGAUGACGUCCCCGUCCCUAAGGCCUCCUAUAUCUUCGACCCCACCCAGUGGGACGACCCUAACAUCAACCCGUUCGGCUCUAACGCCGGGAUCCCUAUCUCUCCCAAGCUGAACAAACCCUCGUAUAGCUUUGACCCUGACGCCUUCCAUGACUCAGCUGUCAACCCCUUCAAGGGUUCAUCCAAUAGGAUGGCUGAGUUUCCGCCCAAGGCCGCCUCUGGCUCCGCCUCUUUCGAGGUGUCGGCCAAUGACAAUGAGGUUGAUAACGAUAAUGAUGAAGUUAGGGAGCUGGAGGACCACAACCGGAACAGACCGGCCAAGACCAAGAAGAAACCGAUCAAAUCGUAAGUUUGAAUACCAAACCGAUCCAUUGCAUUAUUAGGUGAUUAUAAGUCACUUUCACGUUACCAUUCGUUUAAGUGUUUAUGUUUGUAUGUGUAGUAGUGAAUCCUUUUAGAUGUGUGUGUGUGUGUGUGUGUGUGUGUGUGUGUGUGUGUGUGUGUGUGUGUGUAUGUGUGUAUGUGUGUGUGUGUGUGUGUGUCUGUGUGUUUUGUCAUCUCUCUAUCCAACUGGGGACUUGAUAUUGUUACACAUCCACAAGAGAGAAUGUGUCUGUCUGUCUGUGUCACCUUUCUGUCUCUCUGUCACCCGUCUGUCUCUCUGUCUCCUGUCUGUGUCUCUGUCUCCUGUCUGUCUCGCUGUCUCCUGUCUGUCUCUCUGUCAUCUGUCUGUGUCUCUGUCUCCUGUCUGUCUCUCUGUCUCCUGUCUCUCUGUCUCCUGUCUGUCUCGCUGUCUCCUGUCUGUCUCUCUGUCAUCUGUCUGUGUCUCUGUCUCCUGUCUGUCUCUCUGUCUCCUGUCUGUCUCUCUGUCUCCUGUCUCUCUGUCUCCUGUCUGUCUCUCUGUCUCCUGUCUGUCUCUCUGUCUCCUGUCUCGCUGUCUCCUGUCUGUCUCUCUGUCUCCUGUCUGUCUCCUGUCUGUCUCUCUGUCUCCUGUCUGUCUCUCUGUCUCCUGUCUGUCUCUCUGUCUCCUGUCUGUCUCUGUCACCUGUCUGUGUGUAUUCUUGUAUGCCACAGGAAGUCCAUGGGUUCCUCUCUGUGUUGUCUGUUGUAAGUACAGUAAAGGCAGCAGAACAUUACUGUUCACUGUUUUGACCUCUAACUGUUUCUUUAAUAUUUUACUUUUUGUAAACAUCCUACUCUCAGAGUGAGCAUGUUGCCCCGUCCUGCCAUCCUCACCUCCUAGGUUUGCCAAUCCUGGUAACGUUCCCCAAAUUCACAGGUUCUCCUGAAAUUCUGGGAAUCUUCCAACCAGGAUUUCUGGAAAACUUGGGAAGUUUUGCAACCCUGUCCUCCUCCUUAUUAACACAACUGUAACAUAAAGACAACCAAUUGCAGAAGCGCUACCAUGCCCAUCAACCAAUCAGAGAAGCUCUACCAUGCCCACCAACCAAUCAGAGAAGCUCUACCAUGCCCACGAAACCAAUCAGAGAAGCUCUACCAUGCCUAUCUUCUUCAGUGAGCAUCCUGACACAUAAAUGUAACAUGUCUUGCACAGGUGCACCCAUUCUCCAAGUGAAAGAGAACAUUCACAAGGUAGUGCCUCCUCUAUUGAAGGCCAACAGAGGUUAGUCGUGGCCACUGUAAGGUGCAGUAUGUCUGGGGGGGCUAAGGUUGGUUGCAGAUACCUGGGGUUGUCACAAUACCCGUAUCGUGGAAAGGAAACAAAACAUGAAGCAGACUUAAUGUCUAUAAUGUUGGAAACACACAGAUUGGCAUUUGUUUCUUUUGCAAGCUGCUACUGUAUAGCCCACAGUGGGCGAGUUCGCUUUGCAUGGCCCGGUGCCACGGCUGGGUGGAGAUUUUCACUUAAGGACCAAUGGAAUGAUCUAAAAUGUGCUAACUUCGCCCACCAGGGGCACCGAGCCAUGCAAAAACAAACUCACCCAAUAUUUUACAAAAGUAGGUUUUAAAGGACUAUAGAGUGAAGUCUGCUUCAAGAAAAUCUGGUAUAGUAGAUAUCGCAAUACUGGUAUCAUGACAGCUCUAGUUUAGACCAUUUCAUCUCAUAUCGCUAACACGCUAACUGUUGCCUAAUGCAGCAUUACCAUGUAUUUGAUCUAUUCCAGAACUAGCUCCUGAUUCAACUUGUCAACUAAUCCUCAAGCCCUUGACUACUUGAAUCAGUUGUGCUAGUUCAGGGCUAAAACUAAAUUGUGAAAUAUCUGGGGAGAGGUUGGAAACGUCUGGGGGUCUCCUAGGAGAGUUUUGAAACGUCUGGGGGUCCCCAGAUGAUAGGUUGGAAUGCCUGGGGGUCUCCUAGGAGAGUUUUGAAACAUCUAGGGGUCUCCUAGGAGAGUUUUGAAACGUCUGGGGGUCCCCGAGGAGAGUUUUGAAAUGUCUGGGGGUCCCAGAGGAUAGGUUGGAUUGCCUGGGGGUCUCCUAGGAGAGUUUUGAAACAUCUGGGGGUCCCCGAGGAGAGUUUUGAAACGUCUGGGGGUCCCAGAGGAGAGGUUUGGGAACCCCAGACUAAUGUAUACCAUCAAUGUGAAUCAUGCCAGUAAUUUUUUUUGGGGGGGCAGAAAUGAACUUCCAAUCUACUGUGGUUCUAGUCACAUUAACGAUGUACAGUUGAAGUGGGAAGUUUACAUACACCUUUAGCCAAAUACGUUUAAACUCAGUUUUUCACAAUUCCUGACAUUUAAUCCUAGUAAAAAUUCCCAGUUUUAGGUCAGUUAGGAUCACCACUUUAUUUUAAGAAUGUGAAAUGUCAGAAUGAUAGUAGAGAGAAUGAUUUAUUUCAGCUUUUAUUUAUUUCAUCACAUUCCCAGUGGGUCAGAAGUUUACAUACACUCAAUUAGUAUUUGGUAGCAUUGCCUUUAAAAUGGUUUAACUUGGGUCAAACGUUUCGGGUAGCCUUCCACAAGCUUCCCACAAUGUUGGGUGAAUUUUGGCCCAUUCCUCCUGACAGAGCUGGUGUAACUGAGUCAGGUUUGUAGGCCUCCUUGCUCGCACACGCUUUUUCAGUUCUGCCCACAAAUUUUCUAUAGGAUUGAGGUCAGGGCUUUGUGAUGGCCACUCCAAUACCUUGACUUUGUUGUCCUUAAGCCAUUUUGCCACAACUUUGGAAAUAUGCUUGGGGUCAUUGUCCAUUUGGAAGACCCAUUUGCGACCAAGCUUUAACUUCCUGACUGAUGUCUUGAGAUGUUGCUUCAAUAUAUCCACAUAAUUUUCCUUCCUCAUGAUGCCAUCUAUUUUGUGAAGUCCACCAGUCCCUCCUGCAGUAAAACACCCCCACAGCAUGAUGCUGCCACCCCCGUGCUUCACGGUUGGGAUGGUGUUCUUCGGCUUGCAAGCCCCCCUUUUUCCUCCAAACAUAACGAUGGUCAUUAUGGCCAAACAGUUCUAUUUUUGUUUCGUCAGACCAGAGGACAUUUCUCCAAAAAGUACGAUCUUUGUCCCCAUGUGCAGUUGCAAACCGUAGUCUGGCUUUUUUAUGGUGGUUUUAGAGCUGUGGCUUCUUCCUUGCUGAGCGGCCUUUCAGGUUAUGUCGAUAUAGCACUCGUUUUACAAGGUCCUUUGCUGUUGUUCUGGGAUUGAUUUGCACUUUUCGCACCAAAGUACAUUCAUCUCUAGGUGACAGAACGCGUCUCCUUCCUGAGCGGUAUGACAGCUGCGUGGUCCCAUGGUGUUUAUACUUGCGUAAUAUUGUUUGUACAGAUGAACGUGGUACCUUCAGGCGUUUGGAAAUUACUCCCAAGGAUGAACCAGACUUGUGUAGGUCUACAUUUUGUUUUCUGAGGUCUUAGCUGAUUUCUUUAGAUUUUCCCAUGAUGGCAAGCAAAGAGGCACUGAGUUUGAAGGUAGGCCUUGAAAUACAUCCACAGGUACACCUCCAAUAGCCUAUCAGAAGCUUCUAAAGUCAUGACAUCAUUUUCUGGAAUUGUUCCAAGCUGUUUAAAGGCACAGUCAACUUAGUGUAUGUAAACUUCUGACCCACUGGAAUUGUGAUACAGUGAAUUAUAAGUCAAAUAAUCUGUCUGUAAACAAUUGUUGGAAAAAUUACUUGUGUCAUGCACAAAGUAGAUGUCCUAACCGACUUGCCAAAACUAUAGUUUGUUAAUAAGACAUUUGUGGAGUGGUUGAAAAACUAGUUUUAAUGACUCCAACCUAAGUGUAUGUAAACUUUCGACUUCAACUGUACCCUAACUAAACUAGUGACGCUAAAUCCUUAAACAUUUAUUAUCAGUUCAAUCCAACAACAUGUGUGUAUUAAGCUUUUUGAGUAUCGAUGCAGAGUCAAUACACAGAUGAUGUUGCUUUACAUGACACAUUUCAUGCAUAUGGAAAUCAUAGUUUUUUCAAAAUCCCCCCUGUAUUGUGAAUGACUAGUAUACAUGUAUCUUAUUGAGCUAAACAUACACGAUAUGAGGGAGAGAAUAAUCGUUGGAAAUAUACCUCUUGUUGUUAAUAAGACAAUAGAGUUGACGUCCUGAUUAAGUUUUGACUUAUUUAUUAAGUAUUGAUUGAUUAAGUCUCUGCCAGGGAUGACAUGUUGUGUUCAGUGACUCCUGAUCAUCCAGUCUCUCUCUCCUUCCAGUAACACUUUCAGAGUCAAGAGGUCCCCAAAGAGGUCGCCCACGUCUGAUCCAUCAUCACAAGUUAGUCAGUCCUCUCCUCACGCACCCCCACACCACACACCACACCCCCCACACCCAACACACCCCACACAACCCCCCCCCCCCCACCCCCACACACAACCCCCCCCCCCACACCACCCCCCACACACCCCCCCCCCACACAAAAACACCCACACACACACCCCCCCAACCCCAAAAACCCCCCCCCCCCCAACCCCCCCCCCACCCCCCCCCCCCCCACACCCCCCCCCCCCCCACCCCCCCCCCCCCCUCCCUCCUCCCCCCCCCUCCCCCCCCCCCCCCCCCCCCCCCCCCCCCCCCCCUCCCCCCCCCCCCCCCCCCUCCCACCACGCACCCCCCCCCCCCCCACCCCCCCCCCCCCUCCCCCCCCCCCCCCCACCCCCCCACCACCCCCCCCCCCCACCCACCCCCCCCCCCCCCCCCCCACCCCCACACCCCCACCGCCCCACCCACACCCCCCCCCCCCACACCCCACACCCCCCCCCCCCCCACCUCCUCCCCCCCCUCCCCCCCCCCCCACUCCCACCCCCCCCCCCCCCCACCCCACCCCUCCUCCACCUCCUCACCUCCUUCCUUCCUCCUCUCCAGGCCCACCCCUCCUCACCUCCUUCCUUCCUCCUCUCCAGGGGCCCACCCCUCCUCACCUCCUCACCUCCUUCCUUCCUCCUCUCCAGGGGCCCACCCCAGUAGAUGAAGCCCAGCCUCCGCUACAGGAUGACCACGCCACAGACGAGGAGAAGCUGGCCUCUUCCUCCAAUCACAAAGAGAAGCUGGUGUCCUCAGCCAACCACAAGUGGGCAUCCAUGGAGGCAGAGCUAACCUCUGACCCCCAGGAGGACUUCCCCCAGCCCUCUGACCUCACAGCCUUUGUCAAUGAGAACAGUCGAGGUAAUUGAGUGUGUGUAUCCUUCAAUAUAUGUAUGCUCCGAAACAAGGCUGACAUUGAUCAAAUGGAGCCAGAAAGUUCAAAAAUUUAAUGUAAUUAUUGGACAAUUGGACAAUGUCUUCAUGCUGUUAGCAGCAUCGCUAAAGAUUUCAAUUUGGACUCAAGCAGCUAGCUACCUAACCAGUUCUCUACUAAACCCUGACCCCUAGAACAGGAGAGGAGAGGAGAGGAAAGGGGAGGAGAGGAGGGAAGGGGGAGGAGAGAGAGAGAGGAAGGAGAGGGAGGAGGAGAGGGCUAGGAAAGAGGAAGGCGAGAAGAAGAAGAGGGACGGGAGGAGGGUUAGGAACAGAGGAGCUGGAGGGAAGUGCGUCCCAUUUCAGUCAUUCACCAUUUAAAAGGUCUCGUCCAGUCCGCCAGCCGCCUCCGCCAUCGCUUCCAGUCGCCUCACAGCAUUCAGAGCCCCCCCACCCAGUAGGAGUCGCCGCUGGUUUAAGUGGUCCCUUCGUUUACAGCCUUAAAAACCCGACAUGUUCCAGUCCAGUCCAGCUAGUCCAGUCAAACCUAGUCCAGUCCAGCCCAGUCCGUCCAGCUAUCCAGUCCAGCCAGUCAGUCCAGCCCAGUCCAGUCCAGUCCAGCAAGACCAGUCCAGUCCCCCAGCCUCCAAUCCAGCAUCCAUCCAGUCCAUCCACCAGUCCAGUCCCUCCAAUAAACCAGUCCAGACCAGUCCAGUCCCUCCAAUGCCAGUCCCGCCAGCCUAGUCCAGUCCAGCUAGUCCAGUCCAGCCCAUCCAGCCCAGCCCCGUCCAGCCCAGUCCAGUCCAGUCCAGUCCAGUCCAGUCCAGGCCCCCAGUCUCAGUCCAGCCCCGUCCAGUCCAGCAAAGCCCGUCCCAGCCCCCCAUUCCCGUCCAGCCCAGUCCAGUCCAGCAAAAGCCCAGUCCCAGUCCGUCAGUCCCAGUCCAGUCCAGUCCCGUCCAGUCCAGGUCCGGUUAGUCUAGUUAGUUCCAGGUCCAUCCAGUCCCAAGUCUAGUCAAUCCAGUACAGUCUCGACCAGUCCAAAGUCACAGUCCAGUCCAGCCCAGUUCCAGCCCUUCAGUCCGUCAGCCCGUCAGGCUAGUCCCAGUCAAGUACAGGACCAGUCCAGCCAGUCCGUCUAGUCCAGUCCAGUCCAGUCCAGCUAGUCAGUCUCCAGUCCAGUCCAGCCACGUCCGCCUCGUCCAGUCAGCCCAGUCCAGCAAGUCCAGCCCAGUCCACGCCCCAGGUUCCAGUCUAGUCUAGUCCUUACAGUAAGUCCAGCCUAGUCCGUCAGUCCAGCCCAGCAGUCAGUCCAGCCACAGUCCAGCCCAGUCCCAGUCCAGUCCAGUCCAGUCCAGUCCAGUCCAGCCACAGUCCGUCCAGCCCAGCCAGUCCGUCCCAGUCUAGGGUCCAGGUCCAGCCUAGUCAUGUCCAGCUAGUCAAGUCCACGUCCUCCGCCCAGCUCCAGUACAGUACCAGUCCAGUCUCAGUCCAGUCCAGUCCUUAGCCCAGGUCCCGUCCACGUCCAGUACAGCCUCGCUCAGUCCAGUCCAACCUAGUCCAGUACACCCCACCGUCACAUAUAGACCAGUUCCAGUCCAGCCGUUAUGCUGUUUGAACUGUCCCUGUGCUUCCUCUUCUCUCAUCAUUCUAAGCCAAACUAUUGCUAUUUAUCCUUAUCUCUAACUUCUCUGUUGUUCUGUGUGUCUCAUCAGUUGUCAGAUAUGAGAUCUAACUGUGUUUAUGUUCUGUUGUCUCCAUCAGUGUCGAUAUAGGAUUCUAACUUUGUUGUUCUGUUGUCUCCCUCAGGGUUCAGACUAUUGAGAUCUAAAUGUCUGUUCUGUUUGUCUCCUCAGGGUUCCGACUAAUGAGAUCUAAACUGUCUUUUCUGUUUCUGUCUCCUCAGGGUCAGACUAUGAGAUUGAGUACAGCUGGGAGAUGGAGGAAUUAUCGGCUGGUCUUAUUUUGCCGGUGUUCUGUGUGUUGAGUGUGCGUUUGCCGGUGAGGGUGAGUAUCUAUUCAACAGUCGUGCUCUUUGCUUGUCUGUAAGAUUCAGAUGGUACAAAGGGCUGGUAUAUUUAGGGAGUAUAAGUGAAAAUGAUAAAAAUUUGAUUCUUUAUCUAAAGAAGAUUCGAUUUUAAUGGUUAAUUAAAGUAUUUGUAUAUAUGUUCGCCUGACAUCAGACGCUUGAUGAGAAUCUUAGACUGUCAUUGAGAAUGCCAUCGUAAUUGAGACUGGAAUGUCCUUGAGAAUCUGAAUUGUCAUAAUUGAGAGACUGUCCUUGAAAAAUGAUGAUGUUCCUUGUGAGACUGAAUGUCUUGAGGACUGACUUUGUACUUUGAUUGGGAAUUGAAUGUCCUUGAGACUUGAUGUAAUUGCGAAUUGAAAAUGACUUUCUUGGAAGAUGUCCUUGAGAAUGACUGUCCUUGAGAUGUCCUUGCGACGGACUGGUCCUUGAGACUGCCGUUUGAGACUGACUGUCCUUCGCGACGACUGUAUUUUGAGGAGAUUCUGACUGUCCUUGAGGACUUCCUUAGUCUUUGAGACUGUCCUUGCGGACUAUGACUGUCUGAGAUGACUGUCUUGAGAACGCCUGUCCUUGAGACUGAUGUCCUGAGGGACGUCCCCUUGUGAGACUGACUGCCUUGAGGGGACGACCUGUCGUGUGAGACUGAUUCUCCUGAGACUGACUGUCACUUGAGAUUGACUGUCCUUGCGACGGACCUGAGGCUUGAGAUGCUGUCUUGGCGAUGACUGUCCUUGGAUCUGACUGUCCUUGAUUGAAGAAUGACUUCCUUGAGACUUGACCUGUCCUUUUGAUGAAACUGAUGUCCUUGAGAUAUGUCCUUGAAGAUGUCCUCCCUUGAGCUGACUGUCCUUGAGACUCUGACUUCCUUGAGACUGGGACUUUCCUUAGACUUGACUGUUCCUUGAGAUCUGAUGUCCUUGGCAAACUGACUGUCCUUGAGGACUGAACCACGUCCUUUGAGACUGACUGUCCUUGAGAUGACGUCCUUGCGACUGACCUUGAGAUUGACUGUCCUUGAGACUGGGAUGUCCUUGGAUGACUGUCCUUGAGACUGACUGUCUUGAGAUGACUGCCUUGAAUGACUGUCCUGGGACUGACUGUCCUUGCGGACUGUCCUUGGACUGACUGUCUUGAGAUGCCUGUCCUUGAGAACUAUGUUCAUUGAGAUGACCUGUAUUGAGGACUCUGACUGUCCUUGAACUGGAUGUCUUGCGACGGAUGUCCUUGAGUACGACGGUCCUUGAGACUGACUGUCAUUGUGAAAACUGACUGUCCUUGAGACUGAUGUCCUUGAUGACCUGGCCUUGAGACUGACUGGUCCUUGAGACUGAUUUCCUUGAGGACGGACUGGACGGGAGACGGACUUGGCCUGGAGAGGGACGGCAGGGAGAAGAAAGGGAUGAGGGACGGGCCGGGAGAAUGACGGGUGAAGUCGGGGAGACGGAGGGCAAGGAGAUAGGGAGGGAAUGGCAGAAGGAGGGGGAAAAAAGAAGAGGGUGGUGGGUGGGGGGGCGGGAAAGAGGGGACGAUAGGGAGGUAGGCGCAAAGACCUCGAGAGAGCGAGAGCUGAGAGAGCGCGGUGAGACGAGAGGAGAGAUAGCGUGAGAGAGAGCGCUAGAGAGACUCGAGAGAUGAACGAAGAGCAGCAGGGAACGAGCGGGAUCGAUCGGAGCGCGGGAGCGCGCGCGAGAGGUAGAACAUUGAGAGAUUGCGAGCGAGCUAGAGAGAGAGAGCUCGCGAGAGCUAUAGGAGACGGGCGAGCGAGAGGAGCGCGCGCGCGCCCGAGCGGGACCGGGAGGGCAGAGUAGGAUCGCUGGAGUUAGCCUCCAGCGCGCGACCUCCUCUCACCCCCCCACCCAACGACACAACCACCCACCGCCCCCCGCGGCGCUGCAGAGAGAGAGCGGAGCGGAAGGGCGGGGGCGUGUCGCGAUAGAGCUGCGGGAGAGAGAGAGAGACCCGCGCAACCGCCCCAAUCCGCGCACGACAUCCCCUCCGACACCCCGACCCGGCCCCCAGCCACCCCCCCCCGCCACGCCAGCCGCGAGAGCCCGCGAAACGCCACGCGCCCUCAACCCCCCCCCAGGGCCCGACGCCCAGCGAACAGACCCCCGCCCUCCCAAGUACCGCCAACGAGACGCCGCAGACUCCCGCGCACGCGCCACCCCGCCCGACGAGACGCAGCGCGAGCCCGCCUCCCCCCCCCCCCCCCGCCGAGCCCCAGACUAGCUGCGACGACAACCCCCAACUAACCCAGAGCGAAGCUCACUCACCCUCUCUCCUACCCCCCCUCUAGAUCUCUCUUCCUAUCUGCUCGAUCUGCUCUCUCCCUAUCUCGCGAACGCCUCUCGUGGCUUCGUCGCGCGCCCGCUCGCCGGCCCGCCUGCCUCGCGCGCGCCCUCGCGCGCGCGACCAUCGCGCCGCGAGCGCGAGAGCGCGGCAGCGCGAGCGGCGGGUCGCUGCUCGCUGGGGCGCGGCGCGCGGGCUCGCCUAGCCUCGAGCCGCGCGGCUCAGUCGUUCGCGCGGGCGGCUCUAUUCUCCUCGAUCGAGCGCGCCCUCUCCCUCUCUCUCUUUCCCCCCCAUUACGCUAUCUAUCUAGCCCCCCACUCUCUGCCUCUCUCGAUUUAUCGCCUCUCUCUUCGUCUAACACAGACACACUUCGCUCCUCUGUCUACACGUCUGCCUGCUCGCUCUCUUUCUCCAGCCUCCUGCACACCGGCCCUGCCCAAGACAACCUUGGCGCACGGGAAGAAGACGCGGUGGACAGGCAGCCCAGCCGACCAAGCCGAACCCAGGGACGCACGAACUCAAAACGCGCCUGGGCACGGGUACAACACAGCGCGGGGAACACACACACACACACAAACAACAACACACACAACACUACCACACACACACACACACCAACCCCUACACACAAACAAAACACACACAUAACCACAACUCACACGACACACACCCACACACACACCACACCUACCACACACACAAACGUAACAACCCACAUAGGUACACCCUCGAGGCAACACACAUAAGCAACAGGAGCAAUGCAUCGGGGAAAGCAUGUAGUGCGCGGUCAGCAUCAGGGAAUGCAAGAGCCGGGGCGAGCCGCAGCCCCCCCGAGAUGAGGACCAACAGACGCACCCCCCCCCCCCGCCCCUUCCGCCCCCCCCGCCCCCCCCCCCGUCGCUACCCCCCCCCCCGCAGCCGGCCACCCCAGGGCACCGAAGCCCCUCAUCACGCAGAAGCGGCCUGCACCCCGCCACUCCCGUGUUCCCCCCGCGGAGCCAACCAGCCAUACGCCGCGCAGACGUGCCGCACCCCCCCACG